UCAACAUUAAUAAUUUUCAAAAGUGAAAAUCUUCCAUAAAAUAAUAAUGAUUGUAUUUCUUUUCAUAAAUGGAAGAUAAGAAUAUUAUGCACUAUUUUUGUCUAUAUUUGUCUCCUGAUGAUUCACUCUUAUUGCAUGAUAUAAUAAUUUCCAUUACAAGAUAUCUCAAAAUCCUAUAUAUGAAACUGAUAAAUCUCAUUCCUACCUACAAAUAUCUAUUUUUUAUCGCAUCCAUAUUGUUUUUCAUUGCUUACUCUCUAUGUAAUUUCCAUUACAUGAUCGUAACUUAACUGGCUUUGUUCCUAGAAUUAGAGGAAUCCGGUGAUCCACAGCAUGACAAGGCGAUAUUCUGAUGGUGGUUUAAAGAUUAUGUGAUGUUCUUGUAAAAGCUCUUAUUCUUUGCUGGAAGCAAGCAGAUCAUUUAAGAUUUUCUGAUAACAAACUGGCCGCUCAACCAUGAGCGACGAUACCAGGAAGCUGACCGGAAUCCUACAAAUAGUGAGGCUGAAGCAAUUACUUAAGAAAUGGAAGUCUAUCACUCUUGGCAACGGCCCAAAGCAAAUAUCCUCCGACGGAGGAAGUUCAACGGCGGUGAACACAAAGCUGAAUACGGUGAUUGAUCAGAAUUGCGACUCCGAUGAGGACUCCGCCUCUCACAGCCCCGAGCCACCGCCGGACGUGCCGAGAGGAUAUUUGCCGGUUUAUGUCGGGCAGGAGAAGCGCCGAUUCGUGAUCCCUGUGACUUAUCUCAGCUCCCCAGUGUUCAAAUUGUUGCUUGCGAAGGCGGAGGAGGAGUUUGGAUUUGACCACGACGGUGCGCUCACACUCCCCUGCGAGAUUGAACCAUUCAAGUAUAUCCUUCAAGUCAUGCAGCAGCAUCAAAAGGGCUUAAUUAACGAUGAAGGAAAGCCCAAAGACCAGAAGAAUGAUCCAGUUAUCUGAUCUGCAGACUGCUAUAAGGGUUGUUGUAAUCGGCCAAAUUAAUACUAAAUUUCUCCUUAGCUAGAAGUUAUUUUAUUAUGUACAUUUCAGUAGUUUUUCCUCCUUGAUUUUGUAAGGAAUUGAUAAGAAAGACUAAUUCUUUGAUCUAUGUUUGAGAACGUUAAUUG